AUGCCAGCUGCUGCAGUGAAGCCCAGUCCAGAGGACAUGGUGGCGGAGGGAGGGGGCGAAGGAGUGUCCCAGUGGGAAGCCUCGGCGCUGGACCGGGAGAGGCUGCCUCUCCCCUCUCUGAAGGUCCCCAGGGAGCUGCUGCGGAGCUUCCCACAUUCCAAACGGGUGGGAUCCUACCUGGUGGGGAAAAUGAUCAACAAGGGCUCAUUUGCCAAAGUGAUGGAGGGGCUGCACAUCGGCACGGGGGAAAAGGUGGCCAUUAAGGUGAUUGACAAGAAAAAAGCACGGCAGGACUCUUACGUGCUGAAAAACAUGAAGAGAGAACCCCGCAUUCAUCAGAUGGUCCGACAUCCUCACAUUGUAGUCCUGUUGGAGACUCUGGAGACAGAGAAUAGCUACUACAUGGCCAUGGAGCUGUGUGCCGGAGGAGACCUGAUGGACAGGAUCUGUGAGAGGAAGAGGCUGGAGGAGAGGGAGGUGCGGCGCUACACCCGACAGAUCCUCUCUGCAGUGGAGCACCUGCACAAACACGGCAUCGUACACAGAGAUCUGAAGAUUGAAAAUUUCCUGCUGGACGAACACAACAACAUAAAGAUUGUAGACUUUGGCCUGAGUAACACUCUGAAGGCAGAGUCGUUGUCUCUGGAGCUUCUCAACACCCAAUGUGGAAGUCCUGCCUACGCUGCCCCUGAGCUGCUCGCUCACAGGAAGUAUGGACCCAAAGUGGACGUCUGGUCCGUAGGCGUGAGCAUGUUCGCCAUGCUGACAGGGACUUUGCCCUUUACUGUUGAGCCUUUCAACAUCAAACAGCUGCACCAGAAGAUGGUCAACGGAGAGAUCAGCAGCAUCCCCAGUGACGUCAGCAAAGGUGCGGUGUCAUUUGUGCUGUCUCUCCUGGAGCCAGACCCGGCCAAGAGACCCAGCAUCAGAGCUGCGAUGGAGGAAAGAUGGAUCAAUGAGGGAUAUGCCAAGAAACCACUACACACACACUCUCACAAAAACAGACUGGGUCCAGAGGAUCUCAACUCGUCUGUGUUGGCAUACAUGACGGAGACGCUGGGCUACUCGCUCUCCGAAAUCAUUCACACGAUCACCACCAACCGGCCCUCUGCCAUCAUGGCCUCCUAUCACCUGCUGCUCAACAAGCUCAACAGGAGUCAGAAAGGAGCCAAGACCAGCAAGAAGCUUGAGACCAGUGAUUGGUGUCUUCCCAGCAAGAAUACAUGGAGAGAGAGAACUAACACUGAACCAAAGACUCAACAGAUUGAUUCCAAUGAGAAAAGCUCUAAGCAGUCCAGCAGGCCUCUGAGGACCCAACAGACAAGUGAAUGUCAGAGCAACAGGAGGAGGAAUGAGGACCCACACAGAAAGGACAACAGAGAGGACGAUGAGAACCGCCCCCCUUCUCCCUCCCUACCCCAACUUCCUCACUCUGUCUCCCCCUCAAUUCCCCCCCGCCUUCCCUCACCCUCCCCUGCCCCUCUGUCAGCAGAAGAUGGGGCUACUGAUGAGGAGAUCGCCAUCACCUUGGACACCAGAGAGACAAUAUUUCCUGAAGUGUCCUUGUUUAGGGACAGGGAACUCGUCCAUCUGUCUCCUCCUAAAAGCUCUGCCUCUCCACUCUGUGACUCUGCCCCUUGCCAAGUCCCCCUACCCAUUGAGCCAAUCAGAGACAACAGCACAGUGAGACCGAUCCGACACACACACCUCCUCAGGACAACUCAGUCGGAUGGGGCAGCAGACCCCGGGUCAGAUUGUUUCCACGACAACCGCCACCAGGAGGACCACUCUCAUCACCUGAGCAUCAACGAGCGACUGGAGAAGCUGCAGACGUUUUAUUCCUCAGAGAAGAACGGCAUCUCUCCCAGGAUGCUCCUGGAGGCCGACACACAUACCACACACUCCUCAGACAGAGUCCACCUGGGUUCCAUGGAAACAACACAGACGUCACCCUCUGCCCCGCUGCCACGCUUGCGCAAUGUGGGGCUAAAAGACGGACGAGGCAGGAAGAUGACGUGGAUGGGGUUGACCCGGCCUGGGCCCCCAGGACUCCUGGUCAAUGGGUCUAAACCUCCUGCCUUCCCUACGCAGAGACAACAUACUUUGGUCAUCAAGAGCCUCAGACAGGAGAGGGGGAAGAGGAGAGAUCUGUCAGGAGCAGGAGGAGGAGAGAGAGGGCCGGCAGGAGGAGGGAUGACCGGAGCAAAGAGGAACUCAGUUCAAUUACGGUCAUCUCUCCAGCGUCGGGUGGCAGAUCUGAAUCUGCCCCUGCUUCCUGCUGCCCUGCAGGGGAAAGCAGACAAGAAGAGCCAGCUACACAGCAUGGAUUACUGA